AUGACUGCCUUGGGCGAUCCCGGAAGUAGCGGAAAACGAUUGGGAGAUUUCGUCGUCGAUUUUAACACUCAGUCCGAGACAGCUCGAUUGGAGUAUGAAGCAUUACAAGAAAAGAUACUUCCGCUCAUUAGCGCUGACGAUCGUCAGCAGCAUGACGAUAGUUAUGUACAAUUCGACGAGUUGCAUGAUGAAGUCACCAUCAAUUUACAAGACCAGUUAGCUAAGCUCAAGGCAACUCCACCGUUAACCGAUAUUUCCAGCUCACAGACCCCCGUUGCCCGUCCUCAGCUUCCAUUCGUUAUACAGCAACCUUCGAAAAUGCCAAUUCCUUCCUUUGAUGGUCGUUAUAAAAGCUGGCCGAAGUUUAAGGCCAUGUUUAGGGAUUUGGUAGACAAGUCCUCUGAUCCACCCGCUGUUAAACUCUACCAUCUCGAUAAGGCCUUGAUGGGAAACGCAGCCGGUUUGAUUGAUGGGAAAACGAUUAACGAAGGAAAUUACGCUCACGCCUGGGAAAUCCUAGAAGAAAGGUAUGAGAAUAAACGACACACUAUGGAUUCGCACAUUCACGGACUAUUAAGCUUCAAACGAAUGUCGGAAGAAAACCAUUUGGAAUUAAGAGGACUUUUAGAUGAAUGUACCAGACAUAUGGAAGCCUUGAAAUUUCUGGGACAGGCACUGACUGAAGUGUCAGAACUCAUAGUUGUCCAUCUGCUUGCUGCUGCUUUAGAUAAAGAUACUCGCAGACGCUGGGAAUCAACUGUUAUCCACGGGGAUCUGCCUAACUAUGGAAAGAUGAUGAAAUAUUUGAAAGAGCAAUGUUUCAUUUUUGGGAGAGAUGUGACAACUCAAGUUCAAGACAGCAACAAUCGCAGUCGAAAUCACCUGCCACCAUAUGCAAGUUCAGCCAGAAAACCGUUGCAGUGA